AGAUUCAGAUUCAGAUUCAAUUUUAAUUGUCAUUGUCAGUGUACAGUACAGAGACAACGAAAUGCAUUUCAUACUGAACCGUGCUGUAACUAAAAACAAGAAACAUAAACUGAUCCUCCCUAGAUGUUAAUCGCAAUCAGUGACACAUCUCAAACCCACACAUUUGUAUUUCACCUCGUUCAGAUGCGGCAGGGAAUGGUAAAGGUGUGUGAAAUGAGGAAGUUAGUCAGUGUUUGAAGUGUCGAGCUUCAGUGUUAACACGGAGAUGAUUGCUGACACCAUGGACCCUGUUUGCUUCAUUCUGGGACUACUCUGUUUCACCAUCAGCAUUUCUCUCGGGAACAAUGACCCAACCACCGCGGGUGUGGAACCAGACGCAACAAAUCGCCGAGAAUCUGGUGAUGGUUCUGAAGUUACAUAUUUGGGGAUUCAGAGAGCUCUCUCAAAUCAUUCAGAAGUUAAAAACAUUACAGUACAAAACGGGACGGUGAAGAUCAAACUGAACAGCAGCAGCUGGGAAAUGAAACUGCAGCCAAGGACUAUGUUUAAUGGAAAUAAUGCCAGUUUUAUCUUUUAUGAAUUGCCUGUGUGGGCAAACGCACCUCAAAUACUGUACGAGAAUGGAGAUAUACAGAUUUCCCUCCCAAUCGUCACUAACUUGGUGUUAGCCAUAAGCAACACGGCAUCACCUAACCUUUUGCGAUUCGUGGAAGAAAAUUCAUUCAGCCUAACCAUCAACAACACAAAGGGUUUGAAGAAAGAAGAUGUUAUCUGCGCCUACUUGGUCAUUAAAAAUUGUGAGGCUUCAUGGUCAUCAGUUGGAUGUGUCGAGACUGUCAAUGAGACUUCCAUCAACUGCAACUGCAACAAAUUCUCCACAUUCGUUGUGUUGCAGAAAAUUCAAUCCAUUCUGGUACUGUCAGUUUCACUCGUGCUUAAGUGCAAGAAAUUGUGUUCAGUAGAAUAUGUCUAAAGAAGUCUAAAGACGGGGUCUUGACCCAAAACGUCACCUACUCCUUCUCUCCAGAGAUGCUGCCUGACCCGCUGAGUUACUCCAGUGUUUUGUCUCUAUCGUCGGUUGACACCAGCAUCUGCAGUUCCUUCCUACACACUAGAAUUUAAAAUGUUUUCUUUGUAAAUCGGCCAAAAUACCUCACUCGGGAGAGCGUUAAAGCCCUGUCCCACGGUACGAGUUCAUUCCAAGAUCUCUCCCGAGUUUAAAAAAAAAUCAAACUCGUGGUAAGCACGGAGAAUGAACGUAGAGCGGGUACGUCGGAGCUCAGGGACGUCUCUUAGCGGCUCGUAACGCUAACGGCAGGUACUCGGGAAGACUCGCUAACGGCAGGUAAGCACGUGAAGACUCGUGAACAUUUUUCAACAUGUUGAAAAAUGUCCACGAGAGCCCCGAGUACCGAUGAGCGGCCAUUACCGUAAAUCUCCGAUUCAGGGCAAACUCGGGAGACUCUUGGAAUGAACUCAUACCGUGGGACAGGGGUUUAAGACUGAAGAUCUAAAGGUCCCUGGUUCAAUCCUGGGUUUCGGCAUUGAUACUUAUUACUUUCAAUUGGUACAUGGUAAAUUGGUUAUGAUGAAGCCUUUAUAGGCGGCACGGUGGCACAAUGGUAGAAUUGUUGCUGUACAGCACCAGAGACCCGGGUUCGAUCCUGACCACUGCUGUCUGUACGUUCUCCCCGUGACCACGUAGGUUUUCUCUGCCCACCCUCCAAAGACAUAGUCUUUGUAAAUUAAUUGGCUUCGGUAAAAUUGUGUGUAGGAUGGUGCUAGUGGCGCUGGUUGGCGCGGACUCGAUGGGCCGAAGGGCCCGUUUCAGUGCUGCGUUUCUAAAGUCAUAAGGUUCCAUCUAAGCCUUGGAGAAAGGGAUUAGUGGGAGCCUCUAGGAUUAGAGGUCACAGCCUCAGGAUUAAAGGAUGGUCUUUUACGAAGGAGAUGAGGAGAAAUUUCUUUAGUCAGACGGUGGUGAAUCUGUGGAAUUCUUUGCCAAAGAAGGCUGUGGAGGCCAUGUCAGUGGAUAUUUUUAAGGCAGAUAGAUGAGAAGGCAGAAGAAUGGGGUUAGAAGGGAGAGAUAGAUCAGCCAUGAUUGAAUGGCGGAGUAGACUUGAUGGGCUGAAUGGCCUAAUUCUGCUCCUAUCACUUAUCACCUUAUGACAUUAUAUUGUCAGCCACACUCAAGUCUUUUUCUGCAAUGUUUUCUUUGGUUUUCAAAUGAGGUUGUGAAUGAGGUCGUGAAACUGGGACUGCCCCAGAUAUAGAGUGUCCGUGAUGCCAAAAUCAACUCUGACCUGCCUGCACAUGAUCCAUAUUCCUCCUCCAUUCCCUGCAUAUCCCUGUGCCAAUCCAAAAGUCUCUUGAACGCCACUAUCGUAUCUGUCUUCACCAUCAUUCAUGGUUAUAGAGUCAUAGAGUCACACAGUGUGGAAACAGGCCCUUCGGCCCAACUUGCCCGCACUGGACAACAUGCCCCAGCUACACGUCCCACCUGGUCCAUAUCCCUGUCCUGUCCAUGCACCUAUCUACAUGUUCACCUAGAACGCAGGAUCUCUCUACAUCAAUGUUAUUAAGCAGCUUGCUUCAUUGUACAAUGUCCUGCUAACAUGUUUCUGGUUGCAAAAUCACCUCUCCAUGUUCUCCAGAGAUGCUGCCUGACCCGCUGAGUUACUCCAGUCAUAGAGUGAUACAGCCCUAUUUGCCCACACUGGCCAACAUGUCCCAGCUACACUGGGUCCCACCUGCCCGUGUUUGGUCCAUAUCCCUCCAAACCUGUCCUAUCCACAUACCCUGGAUUUUUACUUUGGGUUGAGGAUAGUCUUGCUGAGCUGUAGUUAAAAAAGACAUUUCACAGUACGCUGGUACACAUGACAUUAUAUAAACCAUUAACCAUUGACCAUUCACCCUGAGAGUGAGAGAGAUUGAUCUUUUAACAUUCUUUAAAUAGAGCAAGAUACAGGGAGGUAUCUUGGUGUUAUUUUUUUAAAUGUGAAUUGACUUGACCCACUUAUCGAAGACUUGAAUAUUUGUGGAAUUCACGACUCCAUCUGGAGUGAGUUAGCCUUCACAAGUGUAUUCAGCUGUGCAAAGCUAUGGAGCACUCAAAGCCAGGCUAUCAAUACUUAAAGGCAACAUCAGGACAGCACGGUGGUGCAGCGGUAGAGUUGCUGCCUCACAGCACCAGAGACCCGGGUUUCAUCCUGACUAUGGGCGCUGUCUGUACGGAGUUUGUACCUUCUCCCCGUGACCUGCGUGGGUUUUCGCCAAGAUCUUCGGUUUCCUCCCACACGUACAGGUUUGUAGGUUAAUUGGCUUGGUCUAAAUGGAAAUUGUCCCUAGUGUGUGUAGGAUAGCGUUACUGUGUGGGGAUCGCUGGUCGGUGCGAACUUAGUGGGCUGAAGGGCCUGUUUCCGCGCUGUAACUCCAAACUAAACUAAACUAAACACAGAACAGUUGUUGUUUCCCGAGAUAGACACAAAAGGCUGGAGUAACUCAGCGGGACAGGCAGCAUCUCUGGAGAGAAGGAAUGGGUGUCGUUUCGGGUUGAGACCCUUCUUCGGACUGAACAUUUGUUUCCGAGGCUGUACUUGGAGUAUCUUGUGUCGUGGGAGGGAGGUGAUUAGACUGGAGAGGGUGCACGAAAGAUUCGCCAAAUUGUUGAACAGAACACAAAGUGCUGGAGGAACUCGGCGGGUCAGGCAGCAUCUGUGGAGGGAAUGGACAGGCGAUGUUUCAGGUCGGGACCCUUCUUCAGUCCCUUCAAAGUAUGUGUAUAGACUCGUAGUACACGGAAAACAGGCCCUUCAGCCCAACCUGUCCAUGCUGACCAAGAUGCCCCAC